AUGGCGGAAAAGGUUCAAUACUAUUUGGAACGCAGCGUUCCUGAAUUGGAAGACUUGUUGGAAAAGAAAAUUUUCAACCAAGAAGAAAUCAAUAGCAUUGUAAAGUCUAGAAGAGGUUACGAAGAAAAACUUUCAAGACGACAGGUGAAAUUAAGUGACUUUUUGAGUUACAUUCAGUAUGAAAUGACUCUGGAGGCACUCCGUAAAAAGCGUCAUAGAAGAUUACAGGUUAAGGGAAAGACGACUGUUAGUGAUUAUGCAGGUGUUCGGAAGAUUUUGUAUCUGUUUUUGAGAGCUACCAACAAAUUUUUUGGCGAUUCCACCCUAUGGUUGGAUUAUAUCCAAUACGCAAAGUCUAUUCAUGCAUCCCAUAUCGUUGGCAAAAUCUGCGCUGCAGCUAUUCAAAAGCAUCCCAACAACAUCCAUUUGUGGCUCGUAGCGUGCGAUAACGAGUUCACUGAAAAUGCAAACAUGGCCGCUGCCCGUUCGUUGAUGCACAGAGCACUAAGGUUAAACAAGGAAAACCCCAUUCUUUGGGCUUCCUAUUUUCGUCUUGAGUUGGCUUAUAUGGCCAAGUUGCAUUACCGUUCCGAGAUUCUCUUGGCUGCUGACACAGAAAAGGAAGAAGCAGCCUCCUCGGGUCCUUCUGGUGAUUCCUUGGAUAGCGAUCAUAUACAGCUUCCUUCUAUAUCCAUGGAAGAAUAUUUAGCUGAUAAAACUCACAAUGCCAAUGGUGUUAACGAAAAGGUGACUUCCGCGAUGAAUGCCGAGGACUCUGCUAAUGCCGCUGAACAAGUGGAAAAGUAUGCGAAUGUCCUUUACACAAUAUAUUCUACUGCUAUAGAAAGCCUUUCUAAACGAGAGAGCGCUGAAUUUCUGGUCGCUAUUUUUGAUCUUUUGUUUGAAUGCGCUACCAUCCCUGUAGCAAGAUAUCUCUUGUAUGAAAAAAUGACUGAAACACUAGAUAAUGCAUUAAAAGAUUUGAAAGAUGAAGCUGGGGUUGCCUACGGCGCCCUAUUACAUCGCUGGAGUGUGUACUCGAUUUUCUGUAAAUUCCAUGGUAUUUUCCCCGCCAAUGCAUCUUUACUGCCUUUCAUGGGUGUUUUCGCCUCUUCAGCUCCUAAUCUUGAUCUUAUUUCUCGAGUGGUUCAGGAUCCUGAGUUUGUUCAUGAUUUAGAGCUGUCAAUCCAAAAAUAUCAAGCCGUUGUUUCUGACUUGGCCAUUUCGUCAAGCUCAAGACAAGAGUUUUACAAGUUAUUUAUCCAAACUACUUACGAAAUUUCUUCAUUACCUGCCACUGAAAGCUCCGUUACACUUGCCCUUAACAUGUUAACGAACAGCGCGUUUGAAAAGUUGAAGGAGCAACCAUUUUUCAAGUUUGAUGAUCAUUUACAAAAAGUUUAUGAAGAAGUUCAGACUCGAAAUGGUGCUUUGGCAGGAAUCACAGCUUAA